AACAAAACGUUUUGGAAGCAGACAAGGCGAAUCCUUAAUGAGAUAUCAGUUGAGAUGGCAUGAAGCUUAUCAGGAAAAUGGAAGAUGCAGACCUUGUAUUGAAAGGAAGCUGUGUGUUCUGCCCAGGGUGUGGACAGUUAAUUUCACUUUGCGGAGGAAAUGUUCUUAUUGCAGUAAGGAGAGACCAUUUGGCAAUUUGAAAGCUCGCUACCAGACCUUCCACUUUCUGCAUUACUGUACAUUUAAUCAGGACUUAACAGAUUUCAGAUUUCCGCAUCAUGGCGUUUAAAAUCUUUUUCCCUCUUUGCUGCGCUUCGGCCGAGAGUGGCCUUCUGAUUGGACGUUGGAUUCCAGAACAGAACUCCAUCGUUAUCCUAGCUGUGAUCCAUUUCCCUUUGAUUCCCGGUCAGGUGAAGCAGUAUCUCUCCAAAAUGCAACACGCCACCCAAGUCCAACUGUCGGUGUUGGGUUCUUGGAGUAAUAGCCAAGAAAAAGAGAAUUUGCAAAGGUUCCUGGAAGACCUGGGCACCAUCUUUUCCCAGGGCCCCUGGGUCCAACUCAGCAGGCAAAAAGGCAGCAGGUUUUGGAACUGUGUGGCCAACUGGAAAGAAUCCAGCAGCAGCAGCAGAGACGCCGAAGAAACCAUCGUCAUCUAUUACGACCAGCGCAAAGUGAUGCUCUCGAAGCUUCAUCCUCCUAACAAGCACGGGGUUCCUUCUGAUCAAAAGGCAGCCGAUGCUUCCAAGCUGGCUGCUGUGUUUGACAGUGUUGGAAAAAGCAAAUUGCUGUUUAUGAAGGACCAGUACCACGAGGGCCCCAUCAGGCUCACCCACUGGCAAUCGGAAGGGGUGGAGGCCAGCAUUAUCGUAGAACUGUUGAAACAGGUGUCGGUCCCUGCCUGUGUGCUGAUCAGCCUCCUCCUUUCCCUCGUGUCUGGCAUCUGUAAAAGCAGGGCACUGACAUUCUGGCCCCUGUCUUUCAUCUGGAGCAAACUUUCCACCUACGAGCAGCUGAGGCAUCGGUUCCAGCAUCUCCAGGUCAUCAGCAGCGAGAGGGCAGCUUCAGAUCAGGCGCAGGUGAUGAGAAAAGCCAACAUCUUUAUCUCUCUCCUCAUCGACGUGGCUCUGGGUGUGCUGCUCAUGUCCUGGUUGUAUCAAAUGAACUGGAUCGGUUAUCUUGCCAGUGGCCUCCUCCCAAUGGCAGAUCAUAUCGCCCAGCAGCUCCAGAACCUCCUGCAGUGGCUGAUGGGUGUGCCAGCUGGUCUCAAAAUGAACAGAGCUUUGGAUCAAGUCCUGGGCCGUUUUUUCCUUUAUCACAUCCACCUCUGGCUUAGCUACAUCCAUCUGAUGUCUCCAUUCAUUGAGAAGAUCUUGUGGUAUGUUGGCUUGUCAGCUUGCCUUGGCUUGACCGUGGCCCUUUCCAUCCUCUCCGACAUCAUUGCACUCCUGACGUUCCACAUCUACUGUUUUUAUGUCUAUGGAGCCAGGCUGUACUGCUUCAAGAUUUACGGCUUGUCCUCUCUGUGGCGCUUGUUCCGGGGGAAGAAAUGGAAUGUCUUGAGGCAGCGUGUAGAUUCCUGCUCUUACGACCUGGAUCAGCUAUUCAUUGGCACUUUGCUGUUCACCAUCUUGCUCUUUCUGCUGCCCACAACUGCAUUGUACUACUUGGUGUUUACUUUGCUUCGUCUCCUGGUGGUUCUUGUGCAAGGCGUUAUCCAUCUACUGAUCGACCUCAUCAACUCCCUGCCCCUUUACGCCAUUUUUCUUCGACUCUGCCGAGGCUACAGACUCGCCUCUGGCGUCAAAUUCAGAGUCCUACAGCAGGAAGCUGGCAAACCUCUUCGACUUCUAAUGCAGUGCCGUUGUAACGGGGAACGGUCACUGAAUGGGCUGUUUGUAAGUCGAGGACUGCCUGUACACCGUUUGCCUGCUCCUGAUUUACUCACCGUGAAUGUCUUUUCCUACGUCUUCUCAACCUGCCAGAUCAACCCUCUCCCUUACGGCCGCGUGGUGCAGCUCUAUAGGCUUCCAACCUAUAGUUGCUACCCCAAAGACUCCUGGACGUCUCUGUGCAAGAAGCUGUUUGUCGGGGAACUCAUUUACCCUUGGAAGCACAAGGAGGAGAAGCAAGACUGACGGGGACGACUGAGAAAAGCUCCGGAGAGCCCCAAGACCACCUUGGGCAGCUCAGCCGGGUUGGAAGCAGCUCUUGCCAAUCGCACCUUCUUUUUGACUUCCGUUGUCAAGAACUGGAGGGUAGGAAGUUUCUACAGAGACAGCAAAUUCCUCACUCGGCUGUUGCCACCACCACCACCAGCAGCAGCUGUCCUUUUUUUGAUCCCGUCCUCUGAUUUAACCUGCCUUUAGAACUGCUUCUCUGGAAACAUCGGGGUACGGGAUCGCCAGCUGUGCUUUCAAGGGUUCGGGGGCCUGUGGUGAUUCUGCCAGGCACACAAACACACACACACACACACACAAUCGCCCUGCAUGGUAUCUGCAUGAGUAUUUAAAAUGGGAAAUGGCGUUAGGCUUCCAUUUGUCCCUUCCAUUGCUCAGGAAUGGUCUCUAAUAAGAGAAAGGCGGGAUACGUGCGUUGCAUGCAAGCAAAAGCGGGCCUCAGCCUCUCCUGGGAAAAGUGUCUUCUUGGCAGGGGUUGUGAAAAGAUUCCGCUCCCCAAAGGAUUCAGGCUAGCCAGGACAGGAAGAGGAACAAAGCUAUCGGGCAUGCCAGAGGAGACGAGUGUUCGAAGCCAUGGUGACCUCAUGUGUUUGAACAGGGGUCUCCAAACUUGGCAACUUUUACGCUUUGUGAACUUCAACUCCCAGAAUUCCCCAGACAGCCAUGCUGAGAGUUGAAGCCCACGGGUAUUAAAAUUGGCAAGUUUGGAGAGCCCUGGGUUGGAACAUCCAUGCAACUUUACUUUUAUAUAAAUGACACCGAAGGCCAUUUUUCCUGAAAUCGUGACACACGUAGCAUCGCUCACAGAGGAGAAGGAUCAGUAUUCUGAUAUAAGAAUACAGAACAACAGAGUCGGGAAGAGGAGGAGGAGACCCUACUACACCACGCCAGAGAAAUAGCUGCCCAAUCUCUUCUUAAAAACCUCCAGGGUUGAAGUACCCACAACUUCUGGAGGCAAGCCCUUCCACUGGUUAAUUGUUCUCACUGUCAGGAAUUCCACUCCUCCUCUAUCGUCACCACCCCAUCUUGUGUGAACUCAAUCAAUCAUGGUUUAUUCAGACCACAGUAAACGGGCACGUGAUAUGAACACAGCCAUACCUUGUUUCAGCACACAUUAAAUUUGCAACUUCAACCCA